CGGUGUGCUCGCAAGUGCUCGCGUCCUGCUGGCUGGCGAAAUCUCGCGCUAUCACUUUCUCCUUUCUUGUUUUCCGCCGCUUUCUUCGCCUCGAGUUGUGUGUGGUCGCGUUUUCCGCCAGUAAACCACCGUGUGCGCCAUUGAAAAACAUUACAACAAUGCACACGCAUUGAUGUGUCGGCGCGCAGUGUUGAAAACCAGCCCGUCAAACUUUGUGCAAAGUGAUAAAAAGCAACGCUCCUCGGCGCUGCACUGAUAAGUAAACAUAACCUCGAAACUUGCCACUUGUUAGUUUUGAGCGGUUGUUCGUCGGUCGCGAGUUUGUGCACACCGUGCGAAAGUCGUCGGGAAAAGUGUCCUGGAUGGUGACGACGGCGAGCAGAAUGCGUCCGAUGAUUGUGAUUUGUGCAUAAGUGCAUAAUGACAUCGUCGAAACGCCAAGGACACUCAAUUGAGGACCUGCUCGAGCUGCCGCCGCGAUCGAGCGCGACCGCGACGCGCACCACGACGAUGCUGCCGAUCGUGGCGGUCGCCUCGGCCGCCUCUGCGACUCUGCUCACCGCCGCCAAGUCCAAGUCCCCCACCCGGAAGUCCCGCUUCAGCAUAGCAACACCCAAAAAGAAUUACUUCAAACCGAAAACGCGAGAGGAAAAGCACGCAGAUAAGAAGACAGCUGAGAAUUCUACACUGAUACUGCCGCUACAAGUAAAGAUAAAACAGGAAAUCGACGAAGAAGUUGUGGUCGACCCCGAUGAGGAGGAUAUCUGUCGGGUUGAAGAUCUGACCAUCCAUGGCCGCAACGCCAGCUCGAGCCCGACCAACUUGGCAAUGAAACAAGGUGCACAUAGUCAACAAUCAAAGAAGUCGUUAAAAAAGAAAACCAACACAUCGAGUCGAACAUUCGGUUAUCCCGCAUUAAAGAAGAUGCCAUCGGGCGAGAGGGAGGAGGCGGCCCGGCGGCGGCGCAAGCUGGACGAGAAGAUCGAGCUCGUGCUACCGCAAAAGAAGCGCUCGCUCGCGUUUACCACAGCGGCUGAGUCCGAGAGCUUGAUCCGCGAAACGGAGGCCGCGCUGAAAACGCUCAGUGGCAGCUGGGCGGGCGGCAGCCGCCCCCAGGCCACUUGUCGUGAUGAGAAACCCGCGUUUGAGAACCUGUUCGCUGACGGGCGACCGGAUGCCGCCGAUUCGAACUCGCUCAAAGACGUGAUCACCUUCCGCGAUGCGCACUCGGCCGCCUCCAAUGCCUCCUCCUCCGUACUGAGGGUAAAACGCGAGAUAGACCAUGAGAGCGUCGAUUACGACCAGCUCGACGACGAUGACUCGUCGCCCGAGCUCGAAAUCGACAUGUCCCUGUCGCCGGAGGCGGCCACUUGCAAGGAUAAUAGAGAUGACUCCGCGCGGCCCUUUCUCAGCACGCCUUCGUCUUCGUUUUCCAGCGCGUCGGCGUUCCGCCCGCCCAGCUCAAAGCUGCAGGGCGGCCACUACGCGGACGCCUUCGGUUACCAUCUGCAGGGAGCCUCCGCCGCUGCCAUCGCCGCCGUCGAGAAGGCGAAGUCGAUGGGCAAAGCCGACCUGCCGCCUGGGACCAGCGCAGGCGGCAGCAAACCGGAUUCCUCCAAGCAGUACACGAUCCUUCAGCCAACAGGGGUUGCAUCACGAGCCGCCAGCGCGUUACAGGAGGCGGCGAGGGACGCGCCCAUCGCCGAGGCUAAGGUUCUACCAGGCGCGCUUAGUCCUGCAAGCAUCAGUCGUGGAGACGGCACUAAAUGCCCGACGCCUGGCUGUACGGGACAAGGACAUGUCACCGGACUGUACUCGCACCAUCGAAGUCUGUCCGGAUGUCCACGAAAGGAUAAAUUAACUCCUGAAAUUUUGGCGCUGCACGAGACGAUACUGAAAUGCCCGACGCCGGGAUGUAACGGGCGCGGGCACGUGAGCGCGAAUCGCAACACGCACCGCAGCCUCUCGGGCUGCCCCAUCGCCGCCGCCGGCAAGCAGGCGGCGCGCGACCUCAAAUACCAGGCCGGCCUGCAGCGCAUCAAAUCGCCGCACGCUUCGGCCGCCGCCUCCACGCCGCUCGUGGUCUCUUGUGGCGAGUUCAGCGGAAGUUACGACGGCAAAUCGGCGCCUUCGGACGACGUCAAACCCAACUAUCUGCUCGGCUACGCAGCCACCACCACCUCGGUAACCUCCUCGUCAGCAUCCGCAUCCGCCUCUUCGUCGGUAACCGCAGCAGCCGCGGACAACCACCCGGAGGACUACUACCCCAAGACGCAUCUCAAGGAAGGCAUGAAAGUGCCCAAAACCGAGGUGGCAUCUUCCUUGAGCUGCACCCGCGACCAGCAACAGUUGAUCGUACCCAAAACGGAAAACACAGCCUGCCGCUCACCGCUCUCACGCGGACAGAACUACGGUGAGUACAUGAACCAAGACUCCAACUCGUCGUCGUUGUCCAGCGUGGACGCAAUGUCAACUCGACCACAUCAUCCGAUGCAUCAUCAGAUGGCACCACAAGCCUACAAUGACGACCGCCAUCAGCUACCGCACCGAUCACCCUACCAGCAAAGCCCACUCUCGGAUGAAAUGUACCGAUCGGAGCACUCGAUGAGAUCUUAUACGGAUAUGAGUGACUCCAUUAGUAAUGGCAUAGCUAGACCAGUGGUCACCUACUCAAAUGAAUUAACCGCACGGCAAUAUGACGGAACGAUGGUAAACUCCGCCUCGCAUAGACCUUAUGAUCCAGGCACCUCAACCGCCUUCGAAAGGUACGACUCCAGCAAUCAAUGUGGGAGUGCCAUGCAGCAAUCUCUCAUGGGUGCUAGAGGUGGCCCUCAACAAUCCAUGUACGGGUCUUAUGCCAUGGACGACCAGGAACGUUAUCCGGAGCAGAUGAGUGUCACCGGGGCACCUGGGGCACCUCCCAUGAUGAAAACCGAACCGGAUGAGAACAGUGGACCUUUAUAUCCAAGACCUAUGUAUCAAUACGAUACGUCAACUGGUCACGUCCCAGUGGGUUUCUCCGCCAUCAACUUAUCGGUGAAGUGCGUGACGACAGCGCAAGCGGCGCAAAUGAAAGCAUCCGGCGGCGGUGGCCCGCACACGUCACCCGGCGGGUCCGUCAUAGAUCUUUCCACGUCGAGCGUCACCACAACCAGCCCGCAGGUGGCGUACAGCUCGCCGCACUACGGCGGUCAACGAGUUGGCGGUAGCCCGCAGGCGGCGGCCAGUCCACAUCUAUCCGCCAGCCCGCAGGUGCCCAGUCCGCAGGGGCAGACCCUGGAUCUGAGUGUCAGCAGACUUUCGCACAGCGGGGUGCGGCCGGUUGUGUCGACUUUUGUUUCGGGGCCGGUGCUUGCUCCUGGAUCGGGGUACAGUCGAGAAUCUACGCCGGAUUCAGGCGGAUCGCAUUACAUGGAUGCUUACCGUGAUUCCGCUGGUUAUGGUCCGAUGAGUCCACAUCCAGGAUACGGAAUGACGACAGUGGGUGCUGAUUAUCCAACCAAUCCGUACACGCCGUACACAACGGGAUAUUCAUGCACAGGCGGGUAUCCUGGGGCGGUGACCACUGGGUACCCAGCACCGCCAGGCGGAUAUUCUCCUGGACCUUGUUAUUCUAUGCCGCCACCUCAACAUUCCCUCUCACAGCACGACAAGCAACCUAAUAAGGACAAUAGUUUAUCCGGAUGUCCACGAUCGGAUCGUUCACAAUUGGCGGCGCACUCACAGGAACUGAAAUGCCCAACGCCCGGCUGCGACGGGUCGGGCCAUGUCACCGGGAAUUACUCAUCGCACCGCAGCCUCUCCGGCUGCCCGCGUGCGAACAAACCGAAGAGCAAGCCGCGCGACGGCCAGGACUCGGAACCGCUAAGAUGCCCGAUACCGGGCUGCGAUGGUUCAGGACACGCAACUGGCAAAUUUUUGUCGCAUCGAAGUGCGUCCGGAUGCCCGAUCGCCAACCGAAACAAGAUGCGCAUCAUGGAGACGGGCGGGCCGGUGGAGAGUCACAAGGUGGCUGUCGCCGCCGCCACCGCGAUGAAGUUUGACGGCGUCAACUGCCCGACGCCCGGCUGCGAUGGUACGGGGCACAUUAACGGCUCGUUUCUCACGCAUCGAUCGCUGAGCGGUUGCCCUGUUGCAGGUCAGACCGUCAAGAAGCCCAAGUACUCGGAGGACAUGCCCUUCUACGCGUCCAAAACCUACACAGGACUGGACGGCAAUGGCGCGACGGGCGCCAACGGCGAGGACCUCAUGAGCCUGGAGGCGGAGAUCUCGGAGCUGCAGCGCGAGAACGCGCGCGUCGAGUCCCAAAUGCUGCGUCUCAAGUCUGACAUCAAUGCGAUGGAGAACCAUCUCAGCAAUGGCGAAAAGGAAACGACGGUAAUGGCGCAGCGCAACACCAACCUGAACGAGUACUAUGAAAGUCUGCGCAACAACGUCAUCACGCUGCUGGAGCACGUGCGGUUGCCGGCCGGUGGUGGCGGCGGCGGUCCUAACCCCACUGGGGGUGCUCCCGGUGCGCCACCUGAGAAGCUCGGCCAGGAGAACUUUGACUCGUACCUCACCAAGCUGCAGACGCUCUGCACCCCCGAAGGGUACUGCAGCGACGAGAACCGCCCUCUGUACGAGACGGUCAAGUGCGCCCUGCAGGACUUCACCGUGCUUCCUACGCCUAUCUAAGCAAGGGCGCGUUUAACCCACCCCCACGCACGCCAUCUAUGAUCUGUUAGUUGUAAUCGUGUCGCGCAGGGUUCGCUUCGAAUGACGAUAUUUAUAUUUAAAUUGUGAUCUAACUGUAAAUACAAAUUACGCAUAUGACGAUUGUGGAGGAAUCCCAAAGAGAUAAAAAAACGCUGUAGAUAAAUUACUUUAGUGCGCCCAGCCGUAGCCCGGCGAGACUUGUGUAUAUUGUAACUGUAAAUAGUCUGUUUUACGUUUAUAAUGUUUUUAUAAUGAGUAAGAUUGUUUCCUCUUUUUUAUAACGACGAAAACCUAAACAAAUUGUAUCUGUACAAAGCGACGCAGGACGAUGAUGAGUAUGAUGUUGACGGUGAAGCUAACUCACUGACGUAACGAAACCACGCGACAUAGACCAGUUUUGUUUCCCUUAGAACUGUGAUUAUGUAAACGAGUAUAUAAAUUAAUGAUAUAGACCUUAAUAGUGUUAUUUGUAAACUCUUUGAAAAUGUGCAAUUGAAUAUAAAUGAUAAACAAAAACCCAAAAAAAUGAUGACGCGCAGUCACGAGGUGUUCAGAUAUCGAUGUAAAGCGACACGCUGACUAUGAUUUGAUCGUUUAUCUCUCCUCCCCGCCGAAGUAACAACACACACACACAUUCGUUUUUCUACUUACCGUGACUACAUACUAUGCAUGCAUCUAUGCGGAAAACUAUUUCAAGCUCGUUGUGAAAAAUCUGUACAUACUGAAAAAACAAAUGAUGCGCCACGCGAAACACGAACGGAGGCGAAUGUUAGUAUAAUUCCGAGAAAUUCAACUCUACAUUCAUUAUUGGGUAUUUCAUUUGUUCACACAUCAAAUAUCUAUGUUAUAACUACAUGUGUUGUUAUAAAAUAUUAUUAAAACUAUAUUAAUGAUAA